CUCCGCGCCCAGCGCCCCGCCGUGCGGCUCGGGAGGCGGCCGGGCCCCGCGCAGCCUCCGCCGGCUCCGCGCUGGGAGCCAGCAGACAUCCUGGAUCCUCAGAAAUUCAGCAGCAGACGCGAACCGGCCGCGGGGAGCUGGGGCAGCAACCCCCGCUCGAGAGAACGGGAGGAAAGUUUGGGAAGAGUUGAAGUAGGAAAAGACGCUGCUGCUCCCGGCAGCGGCAGGAAUAAACUAGAGGCACAUGAUGCUCAGCCGGCGUUGGAGAGCGGCACUGAGCGCGACGAGGAGGGUCCGGCCGGAGCCGGCAGCGGGUCCGGAGCUCGGCCCGGCUCGGCGGAGGAGCCGGGCUCGCCGCGGGGCGGCAGGCGGCGGAGGACCGAGCCAGGGUGCGGUAAGCCGCGGCGGGCGCGGACGGCCUUCACCUACGAGCAGCUGGUGGCCCUGGAGAACAAGUUCCGUGCGACACGGUACCUGUCGGUGUGCGAGCGCCUCAGCUUGGCGCUGUCCCUCAGCCUCACCGAGACGCAGGUGAAGAUCUGGUUCCAGAACCGGCGGACCAAGUGGAAGAAGCAGCAUCCAGGAGCCGACGGGGCGGCCCCAUCCUCAUCCCCGACGGCGGCAGCGGUGACUGGCGGCGGCAGCCCCAGCCCACCGGGUCCCGGCGCUUUGCCCUUCCAGACUUUCCCUUCCUACGCCGCUGCCAACGUCCUGGUGCCGCCGGCAGCCCCCUUCGCGCUGGGCGCCGGAGCCUUCACGCCCUUCCUCGGCCCCGCUUUCCUCGGCCCCUUCUAUGCCCCGCACCUCUAAGGCGGCGGCGGGACAGGCCAGGGCCGGGUGCGGGUCUCAGCGCCCUCCCUUCUGGUGGUUGCAUGGCGAUUUCAAGUGUAAGAAAGUUCAUUUCUAAGCGUCGCAGAAGCAUGUUUAAGGCACAUUGACAAAGAGAAAAAGCCGCUGGAUUUUAUUAGCACAUUUGAGAUGUAAUUAUAGGUGUUGGAGAUGGGAACAGUGACUCUCUUUACACAUGCCCUGUGCUAAUUCCCUCCAGAUUCUUCUCUGAGUUGGUUUUUAAAGCACUCCUCGCUGAUGUUUGGCUUGUUAGCACAUGUCUCAAUUCUCAAGGGCUUGGAGCACUCCUUACCACUGCUGUUAUCCUGCUGAUGGUGGACAUGGACUUUUCAAUUCCCAAGGAUGCUCCCCAGUGAAGAUGUCUCCUGGCUCUGAGUUUGCUCUGAAUUCACUCCUUCGACUCAGCUGUGCCCUGUUUGACCCAUGUUCUAUUCUCCUAUCUGACUUGUGACCUGAAAACUACAUGCCAUACACUUGGUCUCCCACCUGGAGGAGAGUUUUCCUUUCUGUCUGAGAAGAGAUGGAACUGCAGCUCUGUGUCAUAGAGCGAUGAGGUGGGAAUCUGCCCGUGGGUCCAUGGGACUUCUUCCUUUCAGCUCAUGCCCAGUGACUUGAAAGGUUCUGGAUGAGAUGUCUGAAGAUCACUCUUUUUGCAGAGAACAGUUGUUCUUGUACUAACACAGCAAAUGAGGCAGGAAAGAAACCAUAACUCAGAGAAUACAACUGCAUUAUUCAUUCCUUUGAAAAUAGGGCAUUUGGGGUAGAAAAUAAGUGAAACACAGAGGUUCCAGCAUGCUGAGACCUAUUUUCCAUAACAGAGAAACACAGGCUUUUUCUUCUUUUGCUGUUUGGAGUGGUUGUUAGAAGGGAAAAUCACAUUUAAUCUUCAUCGUUCCAAGCACUGGGAUGAAAAGGAAUUCUAUCUGGGGCUUAUCUGUCUCUGAGUGGAUGGGAGUAAUUGGUUUAAAGAAGUCUGUCUUAUGCAGUUCCCCACAUUAUUGCAACACACUGUUCAAGACUGUGUCUUCUCGGUCUGUUGUGAUGCUUUAAAGUACAUAUUGGCUCUCCUACCAAAAAAUCUGAGCUCAUAAAUCCUAUCUGGCUCUUGUGUUUGUCUAAAUAAAAAGGGGUUCUAAAUUA